AUGUCCACCAAGAUUCGCUAUAUUCCACUAAUUGUUCUGCUACCUAUGGUCUGGUGUCAUGAUCAAUCCCAUACGAACCUAUCCAAUAUCGACAAGGCUGCACAUGUCAAAUCAGUAACUUCGUCCCGCUUCUUGCUCAAGGAGUCAUCACCAUCUGUAUUCACCCUCCGUGUUUAUGCACUUUACGUCAACAACAGGUUUAUAAAGAAACUUCUCGUGAUCGUGGUUACUGCGAUAAACCUAGCGCUCCUGGGCCUUGUCCUUGUGACCGCCACCAUAAUCUCCAGAAACCAGACAUGGGUUCCUUCCCUCAAUACCUGUCUCAGCACGGGAGAUCCGCAGAGGUUCUAUUCCCUCUACUAUGGGUCCACGCUCAUUGCCGAGAUAAUCAUCGCUAUAGCCACCUUCUACCAUGCGAUUCAGUUCCACCGCAAAUGCCGUAGUCUCAGGCGAACUAACCCAGGAAUCAUUAUUGCUGCACUCCACAGAGAUGGAUUCAGCUACUUUGCUAUGCAGACCCUCAAUUCGAUGAUUCUACCCAUGUUGACAGUACUCGAGUUUGCCAUAAUGUGCACGCUUACCUGCCACUGGCUCCUCGUGUUCCGACGGCUUGCAACAAUCCUAUUGGAUGAUCCUCAGUCUACCGAGCCGGGAUGGGCAACAGGCCCUUCAAUCACUGUGCGCCCAGCUACUAUUGAUACUGUCACACGUAGCUUUGGCUUUGCCGCAUGGACGGCGACGCCAGAGCACAGUGAGGCUACGCACUCCUUGCAAACGCUGGGUGGCCGUCAUAAACGUUCAUGGCCAGAGUGA